GUCAGAGCGCGGCGCCGUGGCAGGAAAAGGCCCCGCCAUGCGCGGGCCGGGCCGGCGCGGGGGGGCCUGGCGGGGGCGCGGGCGGGCGGGCCGCCCAGCCCCGCGUUAGUCGUUUCCCUCGGACAUGUCGCGCCUUCCGGCCCGGAGGCUUGUCGCGGCGGUGAGGGGCUGGCGCGGCUUCCCAGUUUGCAAGUCAUGUGUUCUCCGAAGAUUUUCCAUCCAGCCUGCCCAGCAGAAGAAGAUUCCAAACCGGUAUUUGGGCCAGCCCAGCCCUUUCACACACCCACACCUUCUCAAACCAGGAGAGGUAACCCCGGGAUUGUCACAGGUGGAAUAUGCUCUUCGCCGACACAAACUGAUGGCAUUGAUCCAGAAGGAAGCCCAUGGCUGGGAUGGAUUGGACCACACAGUGAUUCUGCUAUCCAACCCCAUGUACUACAUGAGCAAUGACAUCCCCUAUGUUUUCCACCAGGACACUAACUUCCUCUACCUCUGUGGGUUCCAGGAGCCCGACAGCAUCCUGGUGCUGCAGAGCAUUCCUGGCAAAGCACUGCCGUCCCACAAAUCCAUACUUUUUGUGCCUCGGAGAGAUCCAAGCCGAGAGUUGUGGGACGGGCCCAGAUCAGGCACAGAUGGGGCAGUUGCUCUCACAGGAGUAGAUGAAGCUUACACCAUUGACGAGUUCAGGCACUUGGUGGCCAAGCUGAAAGGUGAGUCGAGCGUUGUUUGGUACGACUUGACCAAACCGGUGCAUACAGAGCUGCACUCUGACUACAUGCAGCCCCUGGCUGAAAUAAAAGCUCGGAACAAAAACCACAUCCAGGGCAUCCGACACCUAGUGCAAAACCUUCGGCUGAUCAAAUCUCCUGCAGAGAUUGAAAGGAUGAAGAUAGCUGGACGGGUGACAGCUGAGGCUUUCAUAGAGACAAUGUUUGCCAGCAAAUCCCCAGUGGAUGAAGCCUUUCUGUAUGCAAAGUUUGAAUUCGAGUGCCGGGCUCGUGGUGCUGACAUCUUGGCCUACCCCCCUGUUGUUGCUGGUGGCAAUAGAUCAAACACUUUGCACUAUGUGAAGAACAAUCAGCUCAUCAAGGAUGGUGAACUGGUCUUGCUAGAUGGUGGAUGUGAGUCUUCCUGCUAUGUAAGUGACAUCACACGUACCUGGCCUGUCAAUGGAAGGUUCACCAAACCGCAAGCAGAACUAUACCAGGCUGUUCUGGAUAUCCAGAAGUCCUGCCUGAGCCUCUGCUCCCCAGGCAUGAGUCUAGAAAAUAUCUACAGCCUCAUGCUGAGCCUCAUUGGACAGAAACUGAAAGAGUUGGGGGUCCUAAAGAGCAGCAUCACUGACAGCCACUUCUUCAAGGCUGUUCGAAAGUACUGCCCACAUCAUGUGGGCCAUUAUUUGGGCAUGGAUGUGCACGAUACCCCAGAUAUAUCCCGAUCGCUCCCGCUCCAGCCAGGCAUGGUGAUAACCAUUGAACCAGGCAUUUAUAUCCCUGAGGAUGAUGUGAGUGCCCCAGAGAGGUUUCGUGGCAUUGGUGUGCGCAUUGAGGAUGACGUUGUGAUAACAGAGGAUGCGCCUCUCAUCUUGUCUGCCGACUGUCCCAAGGAGAUCUACCACAUCGAGCAGAUCUGUGGCCGCAGCUCAUGAUGCCUCUUCUCUGCCUUUUGCAUCCUCAUCGGGAGACACGGCCCUCCAGGGAUGCAGAUCCCUGUCGCUGGCUGUAGUUGUCAAGUGAUGGAGGGUGUGGACAGUUGAUGGCUGUUUCCAAGGCUGGGGCUGGGCAAUAGAAUGCAAAAGGCUUGGGUACUGAGGGAUGAAAAAGUAAAGCAACCUUUUCUA